AUGAGGGAAAAGUUAGGAUUUUUAGUUUGUGUAUGGUUUUUGCUUUGUGGAUUUUGUUUCGGUAGGUUUGUAGUUGAGAAAAACAGCUUGAAACUUACAUCACCUGAUUCGUUGAAAGGUGUUUAUGAAUGUGCGAUUGGUAAUUUUGGAGUUCCUCAAUAUGGAGGUACUUUAGUCGGUACUGUGGUUUAUCCAAAAGCUAAUCAAAAGGCUUGCAAAGGGUUUGAUGAGGUUGAUAUCUCUUUCAAAUCUAGACCUGGAGGGUUACCUACUUUUGUCCUUGCUGAUCGUGGAGAUUGUUACUUCACCUUGAAGGCAUGGAAUGCACAGAACGGUGGAGCAGCAGCUAUUCUUGUAGCAGAUGACAAGGUUGAACCAUUGAUUACCAUGGACACUCCUGAAGAAGAGAAUGCAGAUGCUGAUUAUCUGCAGAACAUCACUAUCCCCUCAGCACUUAUUAGCAAGUCCUUGGGGGAUAGUAUCAAGAAAGCUCUAUCUAAUGGGGAGAUGGUUAACAUGAAUCUUGAUUGGACAGAGGCUCUUCCACAUCCUGAUGAGCGGGUUGAGUAUGAGUUCUGGACAAAUAGCAAUGAUGAAUGUGGGCCAAAGUGUGAUAGUCAGAUUGAGUUUGUCAAGAGCUUCAAAGGUGCAGCUCAGAUACUCGAGAAGAAGGGUUAUACUCAGUUCACCCCUCACUAUAUAACAUGGUAUUGCCCAGAGGCAUUCAUUCUGAGCAAACAAUGCAAAUCCCAGUGCAUCAACCAUGGGAGAUACUGUGCUCCAGAUCCUGAGCAGGAUUUUAGCAAAGGGUAUGAUGGAAAAGAUGUUGUAGUUCAAAAUCUACGACAAGCAUGCUUUUAUAAAGUAGCAAAUGAAAGUAAAAAGCCAUGGCUUUGGUGGGACUAUGUGACUGAUUUUUCAAUCCGUUGUCCAAUGAAAGAGAAGAAAUACACCAAAGAGUGUGCAGAUCAAGUUAUUCAGUCUCUUGGUGUUGAUCUCAAGAAGAUAGAUAAAUGUAUAGGAGACCCAGAGGCAGACAUGGAAAACGAAGUUCUUAAAGCUGAACAAGAUUCACAGAUCGGGAAAGGGUCUCGAGGAGAUGUGACUAUACUUCCAACUCUCGUAAUAAACAACAGGCAGUAUAGAGGUAAGUUGGACAAAGGGGCUGUUCUCAAGGCGAUUUGUGCAGGUUUUGAAGAGACCACAGAGCCAGCCACAUGUUUAAGUGAAGGUGUAGAAACCAAUGAGUGUCUAGAAAAUAAUGGUGGGUGCUGGCAGGACAGGGCUGCUAACCUUACUGCAUGCAAGGAUACUUUUCGGGGUAGAGUAUGUGAAUGUCCAGUGGUACAUGGUGUGAAGUUUGUUGGUGAUGGUUAUACUCAUUGUGAAGCUUCAGGUUCUUUACGUUGUGAAAUCAACAAUGGAGGAUGCUGGAAGAAAUCUCAAGAUGGCAAGACGGUUUCUGCCUGCUUUGAAGAUCAUUCACUAGGUUGCAAGUGUCCUCCAGGAUUCAAGGGUGAUGGAGUACAUAACUGUGAAGAUGUGGAUGAAUGCAAAGACAAGCUGGCCUGCCAGUGUCCAGAAUGCAAAUGCAAGAAUACCUGGGGCAGUUACGAGUGCAGCUGUGGUGGUGGUUUAUUGUACAUGCGAGAACAUGACACGUGCAUAAGCAAAGCUGCUAACGCAGAGUACAGCUGGAGCUUUGUUUGGAUUAUUAUUCUUGGCUUGGCUGCUGCUGGAGCUGCUGGAUAUGCAAUUUACAAGUACAGAAUCCGGAGUUACAUGGAUUCAGAGAUACGGGCUAUCAUGGCACAGUAUAUGCCAUUGGAUGGUCAAGCAGAUAUCCCUGUUCAUCAUGCUUCCCGUGGGGACAUCUGA